CGGGAUGAGUGCGUGACCGAGAGAGGCGGAGUUACUGAGGGACUGGAUCUGGACUCUCAUCAACUUUCUGCUGUUCGUGUCACGUAAAGGAGUUUGGUUUUUUCAGUUUACUGAUCGCUAGCUGAUCCAGAAUGGCCGGUCCGGUCCCAGACUCUUUUACUCCGGGUUCAAACAGCGUUUUCUCGGAUCAGUUUGGCUUUUACUCUCUAGACAGCAACGUUCCUGGUCUUUCUAAAGUCAUCUUAGACAAACUCAACAUGAAAGACUACAAAGAAUACAGGGCUGCGCUGGAGGGCAAAGGAAAGGUGGGAUUUCGUUCUCACAAAGAGAUGUUUCACAAUCUAGAAGAAACGUUUAAGUUCUGCGCCUGCUGCUCCAAACUCCCGUCUAAUCUUCCAGACCCGAGAGCGCUCAAGCGCUGCAUCAAGUGUCUGAACGUGUAUUACUGCAGUAAAGACUGUCAGAAGAAGGACUGGUCUUUGCACAAGAAGUUCUGUAAGAUGCUCCAUAAGGUCUCCAUCGACAGGCUGAUGGAGUGGCUCGUUCACACAGGAGAUCUCCCUUUCCCUACGGAGGCGUGGUCUCGGCCUGCUAAAGACGUCAGGUGUUGGAAAGACUGGUUGUCCAUGCAGGGAGAUCUGACGCCCCGUCUGGACCCGAUCCUGUCCGGACGAAACAUGACGGACCUCUGGACCAACGCCUGCAGGCCGCGGCCGGAGGAGGCGGAGCUCCGCGAGUCCGUGUGGCGAGUGUGCAGCGAGUUCUUCUCUCGCUCGCUGACGCUGGGCCUCGGGCUUCAGAUGGCCCUUCUGGACCCGUACUCGCGUCCUCUGACCGUCCAUCUCGUCGGGGCCGGUCACAACGAGACCCUGGGAGCCAGAACCACGGACAUGGACGAGCUCGGACGCAUGUUCCCGGGCCAUCAGGGGCUGGAGGUGGUGAUGGUGGGGCCCGAGGUGGUCCAGGGGCCCGUCACGAGGCCCCCGCUGAGGGCGUUCGGACCCCGGGGGAAGGUUUACAUCAGCGCUUACAAGGGCCUCUAUCACCAGUUCUGGGAGGAAGUUGUGGAGAAAGGAGAAGCGGCUAAACCGGAUCUAGUGGUCGGGUUUCAUCCAGGGUUUCACGCGUCCCAGGGUUUAGGAGAGGGCUGGCUGCCCACGUUACUGCUGCUCAGAGACUAUAACAUCCCCUCCAUCUUCACCAUGUACAAUGACGCUGAGCUCCAGUAUUCCCUGCAGAUCCUCCUGGAGCUGGAGAUGGACGUUAAAGACACCGGAGCGAAUCCCUUCGGCUCCCAGAAGCCCGAGCAGGUCCAGUCCAGUCCGAACAAAGCCCCCAGUCACUGCAACGCCUUUUACAUUUACUUCCAGGGUCUGCUGGAGACACGGCAGGAGGAGUAGACGCACACAGACCUUCGCUUUCACUCACUUUUCUGAAUGCUUUUGAAACAGAAACAGGCAGAUUAUUAUCUAAUUAUCUCAGUUGCUAUUACAGUUUAAUAAUCAUUUAAGGAAUAAAUGUUAAACUGCUGCUAAACAAUUGUUUGCAAAUCAAUUUAGCGAACAUUUAGCGCCCCCUAGUGUUCAAAUCUGCCAUGACAUUUUCUUCAUUCGCUCUUUAAUAGUUCUACAUAUAUUAUAUUAUAUUUUAUUAUAUUAUUUUAUGUUAUAUUAUAUUAUUUUAUGUUAUAUUAUAUUAUAUAAUAUUAUAUUAUGUUAUAUUAUAUUAUGUUAUGUUAUAUUAUAUUAUAUU